CCUCUAAAGGUAGUUCUCUUUGUCAAGUGUCAUGAAGUCAAAUGAAUCUAGGUUCAAAUCAUGGCCACACUGUGUACUGUUAAUGUGUCUCCCAGACUAUUUUUUUUUUUGUCUGUGGAAAAAUAAGAAUAAUUACGUGCCCACCUUGCGUAAUAGUGAAAAUCAAAAGGAAAAUUUAUAUCAACUUCGUAUCACCAGUCAUAGCACAUAGUGCUUGCUGGAACAUUAGGAACUGUGGCGCUGUCACUGCUGGUGCUGUUGCUGCCGCUGCUGUUGCUGCUGCUGGUUUGGAAGGCACAAGAGAACCUACAGGUGGGUGAAAGUCUCAGGAGGACAUCAGAAGUUUUGACAUUCUAGAGAUUAUCACUGUCAGUGUAGAACCCAGAAGGUGCACACAAGUACUUCAGGUAUUGGAAGAAAAGAAAAAAGAAGUUGUGAGGAAUAGAGAUCUAUGGAUUAUUAAAGCUAGAGGGAUCAGACAAGUCACUGAGGCUACUGCCUCAUCUUAGGGAUAGGUUGGUUGAGUCCCAGAGAGACUACAUAGUUUGCAAGUAGCAGAGCAGACGUCUAAUUAUGGACAAAUAGGAAUUAGGUGAAGGUUCAAGGAGUCAUUUCUGGGCAUUCAAUAAAUGACAACACAGCUUUAAAAAGCAGUCUAAUUAAAGCCUGUCUCUUGUGGUGUUAUUAGCCUAUCAGAAACCUUCAAAGACUCUUCAUUUUCCCCUGAAUAAAUCGAAUGGCAUUCAAAUCCCUUGGGAUCUGGCCCCUCAGCUUAUUUAUUUUUCCCAUAUAUACUCUCCUUUAAACCUUAUUCGGCACUUCUUACUUCUUCCUGCAUAGAAAGUUUCUUGCUUAUUCCCAAAAGAACUAUUCAGAUGCCACCACCUCCACCUCUCUUCCUUGCCACACCAGGGAAUUUGCUUUGUUGUCAUGCAGCUUUUGCUUGUCACACAGCAUGUACCCCAUGUGAUAUCACUGAAUAGUGUGUGGCUCCUGCUGUCGUACAGGGCAGGAGUUAGCUUCACCUUUUUCUCUUCCACAGUGCCUCAUGUAUAAUAGGUAUCUAUUUAAUGUUUGUUGAAUUUAAUUCAGCAUUUUACUACAAGCCUCUACAAUUUCUAGCUUCUUCUCCAGUUCCUAAAUAUUCAGUAUGAAUUGGAUAGGAAGGAAAGUUAGGAAACGAAUGGCUUUGAUGCUUCUCUGACAUGAAAAUGUGAAAGCAUAUAUAACUCUCUUCUUCUGGACAAGAGUCUUUAUAACACAGAAUUACCCACACACCAUAGAUGAGUGAAAAAAAGUACCUUUUCCUCCUUCAGUGGGCUGGCUCAGGCAGUGGAAGCCUGAAAGUCUUGUGAUUUGAGUGACAGUAUCUUGUAAUUUGAAUCCCAUUGAGACAGAACUCUCAAAGGAGGGAGUGUUCAUCCUCUAAGUAAAGGAAAGGGAAGAGAAGGGAGUCCUAAAGAGAUUCAGAGGCCAUGGUUUGGAAAGCUGGACUUGGAGGACAGGGAAUGGAGUGCACUUUCGGCUGUACAUGCAAGCAUUUGUUUAUACACCUAGGGGCUUACUAAAGGAUUAAAGAGGCAGGCUGAUAUAUGACCCUAGCUGGGGCUUUCAAGUGGGGCUCUUUCUCUUUCACACUGCUUUUUCUGUAAAACCUUUAGGGUAGCAGAAUACUUCUAUCUUCAGCACAUGAAGCAGCCGAGCCAGUCUGACCGGCUUGAGGGAAACACCAACAGGCCUGCCAACUCCAAUCACAUGAACUCUGGUUACUAAUUAUCUUCUGGCCUUUGAGGGAAAGAUAUAGUAGCUCACUGAUUGGAUCUUGAAGUUGAAAUGACUUCACAUUCUCUCCACGCUCCAACCAGAGCAACAGGAAGAGUGUCUCAGGUGCUUUGGGAGACAUUUUAAGCAAGUCAGACCCAGCCUGAGGCUAGACUGCACCUGUUGGUGUUUCAGCCCAGCCAGAGCCCAUGGCAAAGAGAAGUAAAACUCGUGUCUGUAUUAAAUAUGAGUGAAACUCUCGUGAUUAAAAAAGAAAGAGAAGUGGAGAAGAAAGGGCCCCCGGGCUCCCGCUGGGAAUAUGAAGAUUGCAGGAGUCUCCGGAAGAGGAACCUGAGGGUGCAGGAUGGACUUUAUGCAGAAAAUGGCUUGGACUCCACAUACCCGUCCAAGGGGAGGAAUCGGCCCUACAGAAAAAGGGACUGUGGAUAUUGGGAUUUUGAGCAGAGUGAACCAAAUUACAUGGACUAUGGGAAAGCAAAUGAAAUUGGAAAGGACUGUGUGCUCCAAGGAGGAUGUGAUGAUGAUUGUAGGAAUCCAGAAAAUGUGAAUUAUGAGAAUGUAAGGCCUGGGAUGAAGGAUAAUUGGCUUUCAGGAAGCCCAGAGAUAAUCCGGAAAGCACGAGGAUAUGAGAAGACAAAUGGCUACAUUGAUUGUAAGGAUCUGAAUUAUAAUCCUGAGAACUUAAAAAGAACUGAACAGAGGGCCAGUUAUAGGAAUUUGGAUGAUUCUUUGGGGAAUUUAUAUCAACCUCAAAACUGGUAUAUGAGCCUAAGGAAUUUUAAUUGUAGUCUUGAGGAUUAUAAAGAUACUAACUUGCACUAUAGAGAUCUCAACAAUUUGUAUCAUGUUCCUAGGUGUUCUAUUAAUGGUCAGUGUAUGGAUUUACCAGAUUUGAAUGUCAAUGGAGGUAAAGAAUUUGUUACAUACCAUGAAGAGGACAGGAAUGUUUAUCAAAAUGAUAAAAUCUAUCCCAAUGCAAAGGCUCAUACCAUGGAUCAGGGUAAUUCUGAUACAGAAAAUAAAGGCUAUGAUACUGUUUUUGCAAACUGUGAGCAUAAAUCUCUUAAUUAUAGAGAAAAAGAUUCUCUCCAUCAAGUAGAUAAUUUGAAGUAUAAUGGCAUCAACAGACCAGGAAACAUGGCACUUAGGGACAGAGGGAUCAUCCCAGAUGGUCUGCAGAAUCAAUAUCCUAGGGGAGAACAAGGAGAAAAUCAUUUUGGGAUUCCUCAGAGCCCUUCAUUAGAGAAGGACACCUGGUACUCAGAGGAAGAGAGAACAUUAACAGAGACUUGGAGGAGGAAUAGUUGCUUCCGCCGUACUGCACCCAGCACCCUGAGGCGCUCAGAGUUUGUGCAGAACAGGAAGAAUCCCCAAGAAAUGACACUCCUCUCCUCUCAGUCUUCUUCCCUGGUGGCUCCUUCUGGAUCUGUGUCCACUGAAAACCCAGAGCAGAGGAUGUUGGAGAAGAGAGCCAAGGUGGUGGAAGAACUUCUUCAGACAGAAAGAGACUAUAUUCGGGACCUGGAAAUGUGCAUUGAGCGGAUUAUGAUUCCCCUGCAGCAGGCACAGGUACCAAACAUCGAUUUUGAAGGGCUUUUUGGAAAUAUGCCAAUGGUGAUUAAGGUCUCAAAACAAUUAUUAGCUGCCCUGGAAAUCAGCAAUGCUGUAGGACCCGUGUUUCUUGACCACCGGGAUGAACUUGAGGGAACAUACAAGGUCUACUGCCAGAAUCAUGAUGAGGCCAUUUCACUGCUGGAAAUCUAUGAGAAGGAUGAGAAGAUCCAGAAGCAUCUUCAGAACUCCUUGGCAGAUCUCAAGACCCUGUACAGUGAAUGGGGAUGCACCAAUUAUAUUAACCUGGGCUCCUUCCUCAUCAAACCAGUACAGAGAGUGAUGCGCUACCCGCUGCUGCUAAUAGAGCUGCUGAAUUCCACUCCAGAAUCCCACCCAGAUAAAGUGCCUUUAACCAGCGCAGUCCUUGCUGUCAAAGAAAUCAACGUUAACAUUAAUGAAUAUAAACGUCGAAAGGACCUGGUGCUCAAGUACCGGAAGGGUGAUGAAGAUAGCCUCAUGGAGAAAAUUUCCAAGCUGAACAUCCACUCCAUUAUCAAGAAAUCCAACCGAGUCAGCAGUCACCUGAAGCACCUCACUGGCUUUGCUCCCCAGAUAAAAGAUGAAGUAUUUGAAGAAACAGAAAAGAAUUUCCGAAUGCAAGAAAGAUUGAUUAAAUCUUUUAUUCGAGACCUCUCUCUGUACCUCCAGCAUAUCCGGGAAUCAGCUUGUGUGAAAGUGGUGGCUGCCGUGAGCAUGUGGGACCUGUGCAUGGAGAGGGGACACCGCGACCUGGAGCAGUUUGAGAAGGUGCAUCGCUACAUCAGUGACCAGCUCUUUACAAAUUUUAAGGAGAGGACAGAGCGGCUUGUCAUCUCUCCCUUGAAUCAGUUACUGAGCAUGUUUACAGGGCCCCACAAGUUGGUACAGAAGCGCUUUGACAAGCUUCUGGACUUCUACAACUGCACAGAACGGGCAGAGAAGUUAAAGGACAAGAAGACCCUGGAGGAGCUCCAGUCUGCCCGGAACAACUACGAGGCCUUGAAUGCACAGCUGCUGGAUGAGCUGCCCAAGUUCCAGCAGUACGCCCAGGGCCUCUUCACCAAUUGCAUCCAUGGCUACGCCGAAGCCCACUGCGACUUUGUGCAGCAGGCGCUGGAACAGUUGCAGCCGCUCCUUUCAUUACUCAAAGUUGCCGGCAGAGAGGGGAACCUGAUUGCUAUCUUCCAUGAGGAGCACAGCAGGGUUAUGCAGCAACUCCAGGUCUUCACCUUCUUCCCAGAGUCUCUCCCAGUUACCAAAAAGCCUUUUGAGAGGAAAACGACAGACCGCCAGUCAGCUCGAAAGCCCCUCCUGGGCCUGCCAAGUUACAUGCUACAGUCAGAAGAACUCAGAGCCUCCCUGCUGGCAAGGUAUCCCCCUGAGAAACUCUUCCAGGCAGAACGGAACUUCAAUGCUGCUCAGGACUUGGAUGUCUCACUUUUGGAAGGUGACCUGGUGGGUGUGAUCAAAAAGAAAGACCCCAUGGGCAGUCAGAACCGUUGGCUGAUUGACAAUGGAGUCACCAAAGGCUUUGUGUACAGCUCCUUCUUGAGGCCGUACAAUGCUCGACGCUCAGAUGCCUCUGUGGGCAGCCACUCCUCCACUGAGUCAGAGCACAGUGGCUCCUCCCCAAGAUUUCCACGACAGAAUAGCAACAGCACCUUAACCUUCAACCCCAGCAGCAUGGCCGUGUCCUUUACAUCUGGGCCUUGCCCAAAGCAGCCUCAAGAUGCAUCUUUGUUGAAGGAGUAUGACCAAGGAAUUCUCAGUGCAUCCUUGAACCUGAGCAGUCCAGAGAGUGGCCUUUCCAGGUGCCCUUCAGAUCCAGACCCCACCUGCCAGCCCAGGCCAGGGGACUCUGUCGAUGCGGCCAGAGAUAUAAACCAACCUGCUGCCGCCCUGAGGAGCUGCUGCCGAAGCUCAAGGUAUCCAGAGGUGGUUGGUUCCUCUGUACCAGGACGAAAUGGGCAAGGUAGAGACCUUGUAAAAGGAUGUACACGAGCAGCCCAGGCUCUGGAAGAUAGAAAUGAAGAGCCAGAGAGCAGUGAGGCAAAGGGCAACCAGGUCUAUUUUGCUGUCUACACCUUCAAGGCACGAAACCCAAAUGAGUUGAGUGUGUCAGCCAAUCAGAGACUCAGAAUCCUGGAGUUCAAAGAUGUCACAGGCAAUACAGAGUGGUGGUUAGCUGAAAUUAACGGGAAGAAAGGCUAUGUCCCAUCCAACUAUAUCCGCAAAGCCGAGUACACCUGAUCCUGGUGUGCCUGCCGCUCAACCCUGCUGCCUUGGCUUUCAGUCUGCUGAAAGGUUCUGGUGGGCCGCCAAGAGGCACCUGUGCCCAAGACCCAGGCCCUGCCACAUUGCUUAGCCAUGACAUGGUAGGGCACAAGACAAGUCUUGUUCUCCUUGAUUGGGUUGUAAACCUUGAUGCUCACUAGAAUUUCUAGAGUUUGAAAUGGACCCUGGGGCUUGCCAGUGAUUCAGUGACCAUGAGAAGAGAGGCAAGUGCAGGGGUCGGCCUUUGGAAGUGAGAAAUUUCCAGUCAGAAGACCAGUGUUCUGUAUAUGCAGGAAGCUGUGCUGGCAUCGGUUGUAACCUACUGAGUCUGGGGUGGCCCCGUGCUCCACGAUCACCUGACCUGAAGCUGUGACUUGGAUGAAGUAAAGCCAGGCUCUCUGAGCCCCUUUAGGUUGUGAUUCUGCUGGUGGCAAGGAGCUUGUCAGGAUUACACAGAGCCUGGUGUUUCAACGCUUCCGAGACACCUCCAGUGUCUAGCACACAUUUUCUGUCUCUCUUCAUACACAAAUACCCCCAAUUUACAAAGCCGCUAAAAUACAGUGUUUUAUUUCACUGUGUUCCGAAAUUGGUUAUACAAAACUCAACCGCUUUCUUCUACCAAUAAGUAUUAAAGGUCUUUAUUUUCCUUUCAUCUGGAAGUUCCUCCCUUGCUAGAUGCAUCUGUGUAUGCAGUCUCGUGGCCACCUCUCCCUAUACUGAGUAACCGAUAGAAUUCUCUAGAAUAACAGGGUCAGAGCUCCAGUCAUCCAUUAAAAGUAUUGGUUCUAUAUUAAUCUCAAACCAGUCAGGCCUGGAGGAAGAUUAGGUGCCUUUUUCCUUCAAAGUACACUACCACCAUUUGGUUAUAUCUGCAGAUGCAGAAGACAGUCCAUGGGACUUAGGAGUCAGGAUACACGGUCCCAGAAGUAGCUCAUCCUAGAUUAGUUUCACCACUAACCUCCAUACUUCAGAGACAAUAUUGAAAGUCAAACAGAUUCCAAAGUGCCUGUCAAGACCCCCCGCCACCCAGUCACAGGAAGAUUCUUGCUAAUCCCUUAUCCUAAUAAUCUGUCCCUAAAAAUCCUGUUUUAGCAGAGCCCCUGUACUUGAGAUCUUCCCUAGAUACGAAGCCUAGCUUGGAAUUUGAAACUGAAAUUUGUUUAAGAAAAGGAAUUAAAAACAGCCUCACAGCCACUACUCCUCCAACCACACAUUUGGCCUUAAAAUCCUGGUGAAUCAGGAGACCCCAUGGACUCCUUGGCCACAGCAUCUGCUGGUGUCAGGCAGUAAUGCAAGGUCUCCUGUGAAAAGUGUUUAUAUUUGGAGAUGUCUAUAUUUAAGUAGUUAUUUUCUAAAUAAAAGCUUUUCUAAUGGC